UUUUCUGUUUUUACUGCAACUUUAAGCCAAUAAACAUAAAUUCAUACUUAAGUUAUAAUCAUGCAAUCAAAAACCAUGAAAUGGGUUUAAAGCAGAUGAACAAAUUACAUUAAAAUGUCGAUACAGUGAGCAUCGAGCAACACUUUACACUUUAAAGAUAGAGAGAGAUUUUGGGUGUGAAAAGAAAGUUUGAAACUUUUCAAUUUUUUAGGGCAAGAAUUUUGUUGGGUGAUCUUAAAAAUGAUAAUGGAAGGCAUAGGAGCUGAAGAUUUAUCAACAAUUGGAGGGAUCGCCACUGUUUCUCUUCUUCAUUCCUUCAUUCCAACUCAUUGGUUACCCUUUUCCAUUGUUGGUCGUGCCCAAAAGUGGACUCUUUCUCGUACCCUUUUAGUUACUGUCUUUGGAGCAUGUUUGCAUGUGAUAUCUACUGCACUUCUUGGCAUAACAGCUGUAACCAUGGCAAAUACCAUUGCCGGGGAAGAAACUGUGCAUAAGCUUGCUUCUCUGCUACUUGUGUUUCUUGGUGGAAGUUAUAUCUUGUUAUUUCUAUGUGGAAAGGGUGGUCAUAGCCAUUCUCACCAUCAACCCAUGGAGAAAAUGGCUGUCGCUGGACUAGUCCUAGUACCCGCACUAUCACCUUGUGCAACGACACUUCCAGUGUUUCUGGCUGUCGGCAAUUCAUCCUCGAUGAUGGUCCUGGCCAUCAUAGUGUUGUUAUUCAGCACUAUUACCGUGAUGACAUCUUUGGUAGCUCUAUCCUUCUACGGUGCAAGUCAGCUGAAGUUUCACUGGGUGGAGCGAUAUGACAAGCUUCUUGUUGGUUCUGUUCUCUGUGUGGUAGGAUUCUUAACGCUCAUUUUCCAUGAUCAUGGUCAUCACCAUGAUCAUGAUGGGGCCGCCGAGCAACUGUCCAGAAAGAUCCUUCAUCUUUAAUUUUUUUGGUACUGUGAAACUUUGUGUGUAUUUGUUCGUAAAAUUCACGAACUAUAUAUUGUUCGGACUAGAAGAAUCACAUGGUUUAUAUAAGUGAUGGUAUAUCAAGGUAUCCUCUUCCUUUUC